CCACGACUGAAGUUUUUCAGACCACAACGAGGGCGACAACUACGACAGAAGCCCCGAUCCCGAUACAGACAACAACGAAUUUCUUUGAUGCCGAGUAUAGCAGCAGUUGGAAGCCCAUAACUUCUACCGGUACAACCGAAUUCGCACAACUAUUCGAAAACUACAAAAAUUGGACAACAGCGCAAACAAUUAAAGAGAAACCGUCUUUCCAGCCCAUUGUAACAACCGAAUCGUAUAAUCCCAAACUUAUUCUAAAACCGGAUAAACCUAAACCCAUUCUAAAAAUGGAAAGAGCUCGAAAAAACAUGACGUCAAUAAUGCGGAGAAAGUUUAAGUCGCUAAAACUAAAUUUCAAAAAUAUUUUAACUACUAAAGAAACCCCGAAAUACCGAAAAAAUAAGACCGAAAUAGCCAGUAGUGAGAACUACAAUAAAUUAAACGAAACUUCAACGUCAGUGAUUCCCGCGACGUUAAGGACCCAUCUAAAGCGAACAUUUAGAAAAGUCCGGGUUGUAUCAUCAACAAAAAAAACACCAACUCCAGCUCCACGCAACACCACGGAAACGAGUAACUUGAAACCGAAGCAUAAGAAGACAAGCAGGAUCUUUGAAAGACGCAAAUACUUGAAUACCACUGUUGCAAGCGAGCCGUCCAAAAAUGUUACCAGUGAAAGUGAAAGCAGCAAGUUUAAGCGCCGUUCAACAGCCACAACAACUCGCAAGUCCAAGAUUAUGGAAACUACCGAACAUGCACCCACACCCGCGCACGAACGCGCACGCAACACAACGAAAACUACCAAGAGUAACGGACUUAGGUCACGUGCAGACGGAAUAAUAGAGGACAAAGCCUCGUUGGUCACAGAAUCAGCCAUUAUGACUAUAUCCAGCGGCAACAUCAAGCUGAAGCAGCCAAUAUUGAAGCUAAAGUCACACCAACACAGCGGAAAAAAUAUAAACUUUAUAGAAAAUGAUAGUAUGAUUCCGUCCCUUCCAAUUGAAGUCUAUUUUAAAAAAGUUAACCAACAAUAAGAAAACAGCUGUUUAUACCAAAGCCUUAACUUAUACAUGACAAUAUAUAAAAUUACAGAGAUAUUA